AGAGAGAGAGAGAGGGGGAAGAUACUGGGGGAGAUACUGAGAGCAUCAUCGAUGGCCCAGUCACAGGAGGAGCUGACACAGGGUUUUUUACAGCAGAGCUGUGAGAGUGAUUGACCCCCUCAACACUUCUCCAUUAGGGUGCUACGAUACGACAGCCAUGCCACCCCCAGCUGACAUUGUGAAGGUGGCCAUUGAAUGGCCUGGUGCCAAUGCUCAGCUUAUAGAAAUGGACCAGAAAAGACCUUUGUCCUCAAUAAUACGGGAAGUAUGUGAUGGCUGGUCUUUGUCAGGCUCAGAGCAGUUUGCUUUGCGUUAUGCUGAUGGCCCUCAGCUUUAUAUCACAGAGCAGAGCCGAGGUGAAAUCAAGAACGGGACUAUUCUUCGAUUAGCCAUUUCACCUGCUCGUGCUGCUCGUCAACUCCUGGAGAGGAUCCAGUCCCACGGUAUCGACGCUCGCCUGGAGGCUUUAAAAGAGCUCGCUAAGCUGUCCGCAGACCCAACCUUUGCCACAGAGUUCAUCAAUAUGGAGGGCAUUGGGACACUGGCACGUCUGGUUGAGAGUGGCACCCACUUCGGUGAAAUGCUGGCCUUCACUCUCACUGCCUUCCUGGAACUAAUGGAUCACGGCAUUGUGUCCUGGGACCUUAUCUCGCUCUCCUUUAUCAAACAGAUUGCAGGCUACGUGAACCAGCCGAUGGUGGAUGUGUCCAUCCUGCAGCGCUCUCUAGCCAUCCUCGAGAGCAUGGUCCUCAACAGCCACAGCCUCUACCAUCGAGUGGCACAGGAGAUCACCGUGGGACAGCUCAUCGGGCACCUGCAAGUGUCAAACCAGGAGAUCCAAACCUACGCCAUUGCCCUCAUCAACGCUCUUUUUCUGAAGGCACCGGAGGACAGACGGCAGGAGGAGUAUACUAACCCGCUGGAGCAGCACCUCACUGAAAUGGCGAGCACUUUGGCUCAGAAACACCUGCGAUCCAUCAUCCUCAAUCACGUUAUUAGAGGAAAUCGACCAAUCAAAGCGGAAAUGGCACAUCAGCUUUAUGUGCUUCAGGUAUUGACCUUCAACCUCUUGGAAGAACGAAUGAUGACCAAAAUGGAUCCUAAUGACCAGGCUCAGAGAGACAUCAUUUUUGAGCUGCGUAGGAUUGCUUUCGAUGGAGAAAAUGACCCCACUGGUACAGAAAAGAGAAAGGCCAUGUACACCAAGGACUAUAAGAUGCUGGGGUUCACUAACCAUGUGAACCCGGCCAUGGACUUUACACAGACUCCUCCAGGGAUGCUGGCCUUGGACAACAUGCUGUACCUCGCCAAGGUUCACCAGGACACGUACAUCAGGAUUGUCCUGGAGAACAGCAGUCGCGAGGACAAGCACGAAUGUCCCUUUGGCCGGUGUGCCAUUGAACUCACUCGGAUGUUGUGCGAGAUACUCCAGGUUGGAGAAUUGCCUAAUGAGGGCUGCAACGACUACCACCCAAUGUUCUUCACUCAUGACCGGGCAUGGGAAGAGUUCUUCUGUGUCUGCAUCCAGCUGCUUAAUAAAACCUGGAAGGAGAUGAGGGCCACAGCUGAGGACUUCAAUAAGGUGAUGCAGGUGGUCCGUGAGCAGAUCACCAGGGCUCUGGCGAUGAAGCCGUCGUCUUUAGACCAGCUGAAGAAUAAACUUCGAGGCCUCAACUAUUCCGAGAUUCUGCGUCUGCGGCAGUCAGAGAGAAUGAGCCAGGAUGACUUCCAGUCUCCACCUAUCAUUGAGCUGCGGGAGAGAAUUCAGCCCGAGAUCUUAGAGCUCAUCAAGCAACAGCGACUCAACCGGCUGUGUGAGGGAAGUUGCUUCCGUAAACUGGGGAACCGCCGAAGGCAAGAGAAGUUUUGGUUCUGCAGACUCUCCCUGAAUCACAAAGUGCUGCACUAUGGGGAUCUUGAUGAGUCACCUCAGGGUGAAGUGCCUUUUGAGCUGCUCAGUGACAAGAUCCCCGUCUCUGAUAUCAAGUCUGUGGUGACCGGGAAGGACUGCCCUCAUAUGAAAGAAAAAAGUGCUCUGAAACAAAACAAGGAGGUGCUGGAGUUAGCCUUCUCUGUCCUUUAUGAUCCCGAUGAGACACUCAAUUUUGUUGCACCCAACAAGUAUGAGUACUGCAUCUGGACUGACGGCCUGUGUGCGCUGCUGGGCAGAGAGAUGGGCAGUGACCUGACACGCAGUGACCUAGAUACUCUCAUCAGCAUGGAGAUGAAGCUCCGCCUCCUCGACCUUGAGAACAUCACAAUCCCAGAAGCCCCGCCCCCCGUGCCGAAAGAACCUAGCUCGUAUAACUUCACUUACAACUACAGCUGAGAUGUGUGUGUG